CAACUGUCAAAAUGGCCGACAGAAGUAAAAACGGAGAGACCAGAGCGACAAAUACUGCAAACAAUAUGUUCAGGGACGAUAUAUCUUCAAGCAGUGCUGAUCAAACCACUUUUUCAUCAAAUGCAUUACCAGUGCAGUACAAAAAUGCCCGCGAAUAUUCUCAAGCGUUACAGAAAUGGAUGUGGCAAUAUAGAAUGUUGCAAAGUUUUUCGAUGUUCCAAACUCAUUUAAUGUCAACGGUUACUCAAAAUGCCUAUUUACAACAAACAUUCCCACAUCAAACAACUUUGAGAUCAAUGGUUAGUGAUGGUAAUUCUCACACGCCACAUCCAGGGACAGACAACCAAUCAUCGGAACCUCAAGCAACAGGAUACAAAGUUCCAUUCCUGUGGCGUAGAAUUGUUGCAGAACUUCUGGAUUUUAUUUUAUUGUUUUACACAAAAAUUCUUGUCACUGUGGCUGUCCUGAGGCAGAUGGGUUAUUUGGGCAAUGAAGACCUACUGGACCUGGAUAGUCGGCUCAAUCUCUUUUCAGACUUUACGGACUUCACAGAGCUUGACUUUGAAAAAAUGUUCACACUCACUUCUGAGUUGAUAGCAUUAGAAGUGAUCAACAGGCUGUGCGUUACCUUUGUGGAGACGCUGUGCCUUAGACGUGGCUACAAUGGUUCUAUUGGUGGCUCAACCCCGGGGAAAAGGAUCAUGCAUCUUCGUGUGAUCUCCUUCGACUCUGUCCAGCAGUCAGGCAACAGAACCAUAGCAGUAACAGGGGCAAGAGAUCCUGGAUUCUUCAAUGCUCUCCUCAGAUCAGUGAUAAAAAACUUCAGCAUGGCUUUCUUCUUUCCUGCAAGUUUCUCCGUGUUCUUUUUCCGGUACAACCGAGCAGCGUAUGAUAUUCUGGCAAACACGAUUGUCGUUGAAGUGGAAAGGGAUCAUCAGUAAUUACAAUGUGUAGGAUCGAUUUCCAGAUGAGCAAAGUGCUGUUGUUGCUGUUCCGGUUAUUUUUCUAGAUUUAUCUUAUUUAUAAUUAAAUAAAAUGUUACAUUAAAUUAUUUUGAUCAAUAUAUGAGUGUUUUUUAAAUAUUUAAAUUAGUUUAAUGAUUUGCUUUCUUUGUUGUGGUUUGUGGUUACGUAAUGGUUACGUUUUUGGCGUAAAUAGCAAUAUUAUAUUUGAAAGAACAAAUAUGACAUUAAACUGGUCAAGGUUUUACCAAGAAUGAUAAUCUUAGUACAAUAAACAUGUCUUUGUUCUAUAUUUUUGUGAUUAAUCAGAUUAUCAGUGUUGUAAAUUUGUUUGCAAAACAUAAAAAAGGCUGACCAGAGCCUAACUUAAUUUUUGUAUGAAUUAAGUAAACAGGUCAAUUUAGUCUGUGCUAGCCGCUAAUAGCACCAACAACUCCAAAGUUAAAUUUGUGCCAGUAAAACAUAACAAUAUUGUCAAUAUCGAAACUUUAACUCUUUUUAUAAGGUAUUGGUUUAUUACUUUAUGACUGUUUAUUUACAUGUUAUUUAUUCCUGUUGGUGUGGCAUGUUGAAUUAUGUAUUGGCAUUAUCUUGUCUGCUAGAAAUUAAAUGAGUUUUAUUUAUUCCUUGAGAAAAAAACUUUACAUUUGUAUUUAAAAAUAUAUUUUUGGCAUCCAUGCAUAAUGCACACCCCUUUUUUAUUGCCAAAUCAAGAGGAAAACUUUCAAGACAAGAAAACUAGCAAAUCGCACCGAUAUUGGCCCCUAUUUAAAUAUUGCGUAAUCAAAUAAUCCAUGUUAUUGGAAAGCAUUAUUUUUUAUUCAAAACAGGAGGCAUUUAUAUGAUAAAGAGCCUGGGUUGCCCAGGUACCCUUAUGGCUCAAAUGGCAAUCAGCAAUGCGAGCCCAAACCUUAACUACAAAAUGUAACAGUUGACUGAUUGUACAGUACCGGUAGGUUAGCCAGUUAAGAGGAGAACUGGUUUCAUCCCUUAUAUGUAUGGCCAGUCUUGCUAGCUCUGAUUCAGGCACUUCAGUUAUCACUUACUUUUAGGAGUGUGUGCACUUAAUACUGUUAACCCUUUGCAUGCUGGGAAAUUUGUCGUCUGCUAAAAUGUCGUCUGCUGAAUUUCUAAAAUUAGCAGUUUCUUCGAUUUUUUUCAAAGAAUACUAUCAGAAUAGCAAACAGUUUGGAUCCAGAUGAGACGCCACGUUCUGUGGCGUCUCAUCUGGAUCCAAACUGUUUGCAAAGGCCUUCACAACUCGGUUCCCGCACUGUAAGGGUUAACCAACGUACUCAGGAAAACUGUUAAUUAACAGGCUCCCUUCAUACGGAUGAAAUACUUUGAAAACGAUCAACAAAAAAGUCAAUUUCAGUAAAAAUUUAUUAAGAUCAAAACCUUGUUAUUUGGAAAUCGGAAAUACUUCUUAUACAUAUUUCCAAUACAAAUAAGUGUUUUAUAAAUAAUUAUAGAAACAGGACUUUUACUGAUUAAAAGAGACUGUACUUUCUGCAGAUAUGGCUUUUUAGCAGUCAAACUGUCCGUCUGGCAUUCCGUUUUCCGAAGUUAAUUUGGACUUAACGAUUUUCUCUGAAUUAGCUUCUGUGCUGAUUUAAAGGGGCAUCGGGUAUCACAAACACAGGUCUCGUUGAUAUUGUUUUUGUUGCUUUGGUAUCAAAAACACAGGUCUUGAUGAUAUUGUUUUUGUGCUUUUUAAUGCGUUUUUUAUGGUAAAUUGUUAAAUUUAAUUUUUUAUUGUAUUGUUGUUUUUUAAUUUUUAUGCCCCCGAAGGAGGGCAUUUAGAGAUCAGACCGUCCGUCCGUCUGUCCGUCCUUCCGUCCACUUUGCGUUUUGGUUUCGCGUUUAGGUUUCGAAAAAUGCUCAUAACUUCUAUGUCCCUUCACAUAGCAACUUGAUAUUUAUCAUGCAUGUGUAUCUCAUAGAGUUGCACAUUUUGAGUGGUGAAAGGUCAAGGUCAUCCUUCAAGGUCAAAGGUUUAAAAACAUGUAUCAAAGCGGCGCAGUAGGGGGCAUUGUGUUUCUGACAAACACAACUCUUGUUGUUUUUUAUUGCAGUAGUCAGUUUUUUAAUUAACAAACCAAUAUUAUAAUGUUGACAUAUAUAAAUAUAUAGAAAACAUGAAGCAUAGGUCAUUGCAUUUGUAUUUAAUGGAAAUAGAAAUAGAUUGUACAUUUUAAUUUUUUAUUUUGAGUACUAGUCAGUAUUUGUUGUGUGACUACAAAUACAAUCCAAUGGCAUGUAGUAAUUAAAAUGGUUCCCACAUUUCUUUGGAACUAAUAUUUGUGUAUUAUAAUUAGUUAAUCUCCAAUUUGUAUUAUGUUGUGAAAUGUUUCAAAUUAUAUUUUAAAUGUAUUUAUUUUUAAAUAUUAUUGCCCAAUAAAAAGUGAUCUUCUCA